CGGCGCUCGCUCGGGGAGGCGCACCGACGGGAGCCAUGGAGCAAGGCCCGGGGGGCGCGGCAGGAGGGGGGUCGCCCGCGCCCCGGCCCCGCCGCCGCCGCUCCCUGCGCCGCCUGCUCAGCCGCUUCCUGCUGGCGCUGGGCAGUCGCUCCCGCCCCGAGGACUCGCCGCCCCGGUCUGAGCCCCAGCCCCAGCCGCGACACUGCGAUGGCGACGGUGAGGGGGGCUUUGCCUGCGCCCCGGCCCCGGUUCCAGCCGCGCCCGGGAGCCCCGAGGAGGAGCGCCCGCCCGGACCUCUACCGCAGCUCCACGCCGGCGAUGGGGCGCGGCCCCCGGGCGCGCUGGGUUUGAAGAACCACGGCAACACCUGUUUCAUGAACGCCGUGGUGCAGUGUCUCAGCAACACCGACCUGCUGGCCGAGUUCCUGGCGCUCGGGCGCUACCGGGCCGCCCCCGGCCGCGCGGAGGUCACCGAGCACCUGGCGGCGCUAGUGCGCGCGCUCUGGACGCGCGAAUACACGCCCCAACUUUCCGCGGAGUUCAAGAAUGCUGUCUCCAAGUACGGCGCCCAGUUCCAGGGCCACGCCCAGCACGACGCCCUGGAGUUCCUGCUCUGGCUGCUGGAUCGGGUGCAUGAGGACUCGGAGGGCUCGUCCCGAGGGCCAGGGUCCCAGCAGCUUCAGCCUGAAGGCAGUAAAACCUCUGAGAACCACCUGUCACCAUCGGCUCAGCUUUCUCCAGGUCAGAGCUUUGUGCAAAGCCACUUCCAAGCACAGUACCGGUCUUCCUUGACGUGUCCCCACUGCCUGAAGCAGAGCAACACCUUCGAUCCGUUCCUGUGUGUGUCCCUGCCUAUCCCCUUGCGCCAGACCAGGUUCUUGAGCGUCACCUUGGUCUUCCCCUCUCAGAGCCAGCGGUUCCUGCGGGUGGGCCUGGCGGUGCCCAUCCUCAGCACAGUGGCAGCCCUGAGGAAGAUGGUGGCCCAGGAAGGCAACGUCCCUGUGGAUGAGGUGAUCCUGGUUGAACUGUGCCCCAGUGGACUCCAGCGGUCUUUCUUUGAUGAAGACGACCUGAACACGAUAGCAGAGGGAGAUAACGUGUAUGCCUUCCAAGCCCCUCCGCCACCUGGCCAGGAGACACUCGCAGCUCCUCCGCCUGGUAUGUCCGUGUCCCCUCGCUUGGCAGCCCGUGCAGGUCCGCGGUUGUCCCUGCCUGCCCACAGGGAGAACAAGGUGCUAAUCCUCUGCUGUAACCUGGUGGGGUCAGGGCAGCAGGCGAGCAGAUUUGGGCCACCAUUCCUGAUCAGGGAGGACAGAACCAUCUCCUGGGUCCAGCUCCAGCAGAGCAUUCUGAGCAAGGUCCGCCAUCUCAUGAAGGGCGAGGCCCCGGGACAGCAGAACCCAGGGCCGCUGUUCUCCAUCCGGGUUGUGGGGCAGUCCCUGGCCCUUAGCUACUUAUCCCCCCAGGACAGCAGGCCCCUCUGUCACUGGGCAGUUGACAGGGCUUUGCACCCCAGGAGGCCCGGAGGCCCCCCCCACAUCAAGCUGGCUGUCGAGUGGGAUAGCUGUGCCAAGGAGCGCCUGUUCGGGAGCCCCCAGGAGGAGCCGGUGCGGGACGCGGACAGCGUGUGGCGGCAGCAGCAGGCGCACCAGCAGCACAGCUGCACCCUGGACGAGUGCUUCCAGUUCUACACGAAGGAGGAGCAGCUGGCCCAGGACGACGCCUGGAAGUGCCCCCACUGCCAGGCCCUCCAGCAGGGCGUGGUGAAGCUGAGUCUGUGGACGCUGCCCGACAUCCUCAUCGUCCACCUCAAGAGGUUCUGUCAGGUCGGGGGGAGGAGAAACAAGCUGUCCACGCUGGUGAAGUUCCCGCUCUGCGGCCUCAACAUGGCUCCGCACGUGGCCCAGAGGAGUGCUGGGGCCGUGCCCGCGCCCGGCCCCUGGCCGACCUGGAAGCAGCCAGCCUGCCUGCCCACCAGCUACCCGCUGGACUUCCUGUACGACCUGUAUGCCGUCUGCAACCACCACGGCAGUCUGCAAGGUGGGCAUUACACAGCCUAUUGCCGGAACUCCCUGGACGGCCAGUGGUACAGCUACGACGACAGCAUGGUGGAGUCGCUGCCGGAAGAGGAGGUCAUCACCCGAGGGGCUUACAUCCUGUUUUAUCAGAAACGGAACAGCAUCCCUUGCUGGUCAGCGAGCAGCUCCAUGAGAGGCUCCACCAGCUCCUCCUUGUCCGACCACUGGCUCCUGAGGCUCGGGAGCAGCCCCAGCAGCACGAGGGGAAGCCUGUCCUCCUGGCGCUCGGCCCCCAGCCCCGCCCAGCCCCCGGUGCCCGACCCUCUGGUCCUCACAAGCCGCCUCUCCAGCCAGGAAAAGGGAGGCCUGGAGUCCAGGCCCUUGGUCCGGGGAGAGAGAGGCCGAAGCAUCAGCAUGAAGGUGCCCACUCCCUCUCGAGCCAGGCAGGGGGCCUUCAGGACCAUGCCGCUGCGGUGGUCCUUCGGACACAGAGAGAAACCGGUUGUGGCAUCUGUCGAGCUGGUGGAGUACUUGGAGUCCAGACGGAGGCCUCGGUCCACGAGCCGGUCCAUCGUGCCGCUGCUGACGGGCGCUGCUGGCGGGGACGAGAAGUCGGCGGUGCCGAGGUCAAAUGCCACCCCCUCUGCUAAGGGUGAAGGUAGUGAGCAGCGGGCCAGCGAGAGAGUCCCGGCCGGCGUGUCCUGCCCCGAGGGCCGCCCUGGAGCCUCAGAUGGUCUGGAUGGUCUGAACACAGCGGGGAAACUGGAGGGACGCGCGGGCCACGACAUCAGGCUUCCCAAGCAGUUUGAUGUGCUGCUCACAGUCACACCCGCGGUGCACAGUGAGAAGCGAGCCCGGCCCGAGGGCCCGAGGACCGCCAACGGGAAGGGAAGUGGCCACCUGGGGACCCAGGAUGCCUCCAGUACUGUGGGCAGGUCAGCUCCCCAAAAUGCCUUCGCCAGGGCCAGGGCAAAUGCAGAGGGAAGGGACCCUGAGACAGACAGACUCUCACAGGGGACCCUCACCCUUCUGAGGUCUGUGUUUUUGAAGAAGAACAAGAAGAAUGACAGGGCUGAGGUGGCCCCCCAGGUGUCCCCAGUCUCCCUGGGGAGUGGCAGACUGAGCCCGGCGCCCCUGAGGGUGCCGGGGGGCCUGGCCAGGGGCCCGGAGGGCGCUGUCCGCUCUGCGCCCAGCUCUGCGCCCAGCUCUCUGCACCUCCCGCGCAAGGCCUGCAGGCCCCCGAGGGCCAGUGCCCCGAGCACGGCACAGAGGAGUGCUCCCGGGGAGCACACGCCUUUCGGCAGCUUGCAGCGGGUGAAAUACCACACUCUGUCCUUAAGGCGAAAGAGAACAUUACCGGAGUCCAGCUUUUGAUGGCGCGUCCCAGUGUCGUGUGAAGCUGGCAUCCUCUCAGCUCUGCCCCGAGCAGCUGCAGGCAGCCUGGCUUGCGAGCAGGACUUUGGGAAGCCACUUGUCUUGUGACCCCUGAAAAGUAAAAUAUUUUUGCUCUUCACAUCUAGAUUUCCAACGCAUCCAAACACCUUCCUGUAUUGUCGGCUGCUUUUCUCCUCAUGGGACACUAGAGGGUGCUGUUGGGUCAGCAUUACUGUUUCAGGGCAAGAACCUGAGGAAUUAAAGAGUGAGUGAUUGUGGGCACACUUUUCAACAUAACUCUGUAGGGAAGCCCAGUUAAUACGAAUCUUCUGUAUCAAACCAAAUAUUGUCAUUGGCUGCUCCUAUUAAUUUUUAAAAAAAAUUUAAAUAGUUGACUUAACAGGAAAAAUCUUUUCCUUUUAAUAUUUCUCUGGGAUAAAGCACUGAAGAUGCCAAAAAAAGUGGUAGUGACAGGCAAGAUUCUAGGAGAGAGAUGAUUGAGGUGUUAGGAGAAUAUUUAAUAUAUAACAAAAUAAUUGUAUUAAAGAGUCUCAAGGUAUUUAAAAAAGGUAACUAUUUUGAUACUAGGACAAAAGGAAGUUCUUUUUAAAAAAAGUUUAAGUAUGAGGUGUGUGUAUACUGUUAAUAAAAGCCGGUCAUUGAAAUAUGGGAAUGGCUGAAUUACUCAUGUUUUAUAAAUGGUAUUGUUUUGUUCCUGCUGUAUCUACUCGGCUCAUUGCUGUU